AACAAAAGAAAAGUAACAAUAAUUCACAUCGGUCGCACAAAUGCCCGGUUUUUAGGUGUUUAAUCGCUCACACAAGUGUCCCAGUGUAUUGUUUUAUGAUAAAGUGAAACCACAGGGGACCCAAUUAUUAAAUAACAAUACAGGAAUUUUAAAACAAGCCAUCGGAAAUGAAGUAUGUGCGUAGAAAAGCGCUUUAAUCUAAGCACUAAAGAACGAAUAGAGACUACUUUUAACAUUCAAACCCCACGUUGGCCAAUACCCGUAACGAUUGCACCGUUAUAAGGGUGAAACAGUACCAUUAUUCACCGAACGCAACCCAAGCACCAAAACCACGUGGUCCCACGUGGUGGGUAACAGAGUGGAAAACAUGCUAAACAAAGCACAAAAGCUAGUGCUCGGAAUAGUGUUACUGGUGCUGGUCGAUAUUAUAUGGGUUUCGUCGAGCGAACUAACCAAGUUCUUGUACGAAAAUGAAAACUACGACAAACCGUUCUUCUGCACCUACUUCAAGGCAUCGAUGUUCACCAUAUACUUGAUAGUGCUCGGUUUGAUAGCACCAUGGAAGGAAAGCUGUGCUCGGAAUGGCAACUACUCGCUGAUGGAUACGAUCGAGGAGGACGAAGGAUACUAUGCCAAUGGGACGUCCAGUUUGAGCGAUUCUUCUUUCGUACCCAUCAAAACGGACUCGCAAGUGUCCGGCACGGAAAGUGAUGACUCCAGCAUACGCAGCGUGCGCUUCAGCAAGGUGGCGGAGGUACGCGAAAUGUCCCCGCACGAAGCGUCCGAGGCGUUGAUGUCGCGACUCUCGUACGCCGCCAGUUUGCGAGUUCAUCGGCAAAAAUCACACCACAAAACGGCCCGAACUGCUUUGCUAUUUUGCGUGCUGUGGUUUAUUGCCAACUAUAUGUUCCAGCUAGCGCUGGAGCCGAGUGAAACGGCGAUGGUAACGCUGCUCAGUUCUAGCUCGAGCUUUUUCACGCUCAUCCUUGCCGCCAUGUUCCCUUCAUCGUGUGGUGAUAAGUUUACCUUCUCGAAAUGUUUCGCCGUGCUGCUGAGCAUUUCUGGCGCGGUGAUGGUUUCGUUGUCGGAAAUUGAUGAGCCGAAAAUGACGCGCGGGAUCGUGCUGGCACUGUUAAGUGCAUUCUUCUACGCGUCCUAUCUGGUGCUAGUCAAGCGUAAAAGCGACACAGAAGAAAAGAUCAGCAUCCCACUGUUCUUUGGCUUUGUGGGGCUGUGGAAUCUGUUGCUAUUGUGGCCCCUCUUAUUCGUGCUGAAUUUUUCCCAGCUCGAAGUAUUUGAGCUACCGUCGCGACGACAAUUUAUUGUACUUUUCCUGAACGGACUCAUCGGAACAGUGCUAUCAGAGGCUCUGUGGCUUUGGGGCUGUUUUCUAACGUCAUCGCUUAUCGGCACAGUGGCAAUAUCGCUACAGAUACCGCUCGCCAUGCUGUUCGAUAUGGUGCUCCACGGCAAAACGUAUCCCCUGCUGUUCUAUCUCGGCUCGCUACCCAUGUUCUUCUCGCUGGUGCUAGUCGCCUUUCUGGUCAAAUUUGACGACUGUGAUCCACUGCUAAAGUUUGGUAAACUCAUGUACCGGCGGUUGUGGAACUGUCGGAAAGCGAAUGUCGUACGAAUACCGGACCUAGAGGAGCAACACGAGUCUCUCAUCGAUGGUAGUCAUGAAAAUUAGGCUGAACGUGUGUGUAUUUUCUACUUUUUUUCCUUCUCAACAUCACAGUACUAGACCCGGUCCGGUUCCUAUUGUUUUAGUCGUUAUCACUUGCUGAACGAAGUGAAGUGAUACGGCACACAGCCACACAAUCCAGUGCAAUGUUUCGAAGUAAAGUAAUUUUAUCCUAGUUUGACGAUACGCCAGGAUAGUUUCUCAUUAUAUCGUAUUAUUUAAAUGAAAUUUUGGAGAUUAGUUUACAUCACCAAAGUGUUCUUGCUUAAACGAGGUGUAUUUUCGGAUGGGCCGGAUUACCAGUGCUCCAGGUGCUGCUUGAUGUAAAUGUAUUACGAUUAGACUGCUUACCGUGGAAGGCAGAAAACGUGAAAAUUGGAAUAGUAGUUUACUUUACAUAUUUUCAAUGUUAUACAAAGACCAGUGUUGAAAUGAAACUUAAUGCUUAGAAGCAUUUUUCGAAAACAGUAUUUAAUUGCAGUGCUUCGGCAGUAUUAUUAUUCGUCUUACAUUCAACAGUUGCAAAGCAAACAAGGCAGGCUUUUAUUUACUCAUUUUAAAUAAUGUCUCGAAUAAUGAUAUGAUUUUAGGCAUUCAUGUUCCACACGACGAUGCAUAAACAAACAAAAAGCUGCUAAUGAAACGAAACGUAUAAUCACAAUUGGCAUCCUUAAGCAAUAGUGAAAGCAAGAACAAAUGCCAGUAACCCGGGUGUAUCGACCCACGUUGCGCAACAAUUGAAAGGCUGCGCGUCACUUAGUAUUAGAGCACUGGACGCACGCAGACAAAACAGAACGGAAAGUGUCUUGUUUUUGCUCGUUUAGCGAAACUCACCUAGGGAAUUGUUCGUUUAGCGUAACAGUGAAUUUGCUAGAUGUUGAACAAUAAUCGUAGCGCACAAUACACAAUUACACACUAGCGUAUGAACCGUGGAUGGAUGGCUCGUCGUACAAAUGGGGGGGCUAUCGUAUCUAUCGGGAGCAGCAGAUGCAGACGCGCGCAAUGCCGGAAACAUAAAGACAGAAGCACACCCGACACCAGCCGGCCAGUAGUUACUCUAUUAUGUAUUUGAGUUUUUGAUUGUGAUAUAAACGUAGUGUAUACAUGAGGAAAAUAAGUAUUCGAAGCGGUGGCGCAUUGCCCCCAAGAAUUACCCCCGGGUGCAUAAAAGACGCGAAGACCUAAAAGACUAACUUACGGAUCCCUUGAUAGCCUGCCUAGCAAUGAAGAUGGAUUUCCUCUGUGGACGUAUCGAUCCGUAUCGUACCUUCAUUAUCGAUUCCCCCCACCCACAUAACUUGGUGGAUAUGUAAAUGAGUAUGUGUUUGGUAACAACUAAUGUAAACGUCCCCACUAUUCCCUGCGUGUGUACCCCAACAUUGGGCAAAACCGAUAAAUAAUGGCGUCUGAAAAUUUAAGUAGCUUGCAAAGCAAAUUCGAAACAACAGCGCGGCCCGAAAGCAGAAGCGUUAGUAUAUUUUUGUACAAUACUUUUGUCCCCGGGAAGAUUGCGAAGAAUUUCAAUCAGCAAAAUGGUGGAUAGUGUAAGGAUAGUUGUGUAAAUUGGAAACCCCUUCGGUUCGUCAGCCCGACAAGGUAACCCGAACGACAAACAUGUUCACUUAUUAACUAAAGCACGUUAGCUUCACCGACAUCCAGCACCCUUCAAUUUCUCCCAAUAUUGUCUAAAACUAUAUCUAACUGUGUUCUCGAAAGGAAAACAAAGGCAAAACAAAACAAAAUACCUAAAGACUCCCGUGCAGUUGACAUUCGGUCAUUUGGAGUUUACUCUUUUUGCUGCAUGAACCGUGUGCAGCUCGCCGUAAUGUGGAAGAAAUUACAAACAAACAAAACAACUUACCAUCAACUUUCUAUCGCACACAUUGUGUAGGUGUGGUUCGGUUAUAUUGUAACGAUAAAAUACACAUUUAUACAUUCGUUAUGGAAAGAAGAAGAAACAAAAACAAGACAGAAAAAAAACAAAUUGCAAAAAAGGGAAGGAUGAAGAGUGUUAAGUAAUCGCAUUCCUUGUGGGUAGGAUAGGUUUUUUGUACAAUUUAUAUGUGAUACAAACAAAGCCCAUUUAUUGAUUAGGAUUUACACGUACACAUCUUCUAGUGAAGAGUGAAGUACAGUGCAGCUGCAGCAAAUAAAGGAAAGUGAAUAAAAUAUAAGUAGUAAUUGCAAGCGACACUAAACACAACAAUAAACACAAACAACGUAAAUGUAGGUGAGCGAUGCGCUUAUAAAUGUCAUCUCAAACCACUUUACAAACCAGUAGGACAGCCAUACAAGUAACGAUAGCGAGGAAGAGUAUGCGCGCGCGUGAUAGUGCUGAACGGUGUUUAUUGAUGAGUAUAUUAUAUCUUAAAUAUCGUGUAACACCGGAUGUAUGUGGAUAUAGGCGCGUGUUAUACUGUACCUCUCCCGGAAAAAGACACCCACUUACACACAUCACUAUGUAGUUUUUUUGUCCUGGUCUGAUAUAUAACAUUACCGACACGUUACGGCGGUCGUAUUGUGAAACUGGCGUUAGAAAGACGAAUGGACGGCAUGAAACAAAAAAUGCAAAGCAUACCUUACAUAAGCAAGAUUUAAGGACAACUACAAAAUAUACCGAGCGAACCUUUCUUUCGAACAAUAAUAGAGCGACAAUGGAAAAAGGGAAAACAGAAAAAGGUUCUUCAUCAAACCAAGAAUACCUUAACAAUUUGAA